AUGCCAAUAAACGUCCGCUGUUGUGGAAGCGGCUCCGGAGCAGCAGUACCACGACCAGACUCAAUCUCCUCCGGGUGUGCCGAAGCGAAGCACCAAAACCACAAGCCCAUACAAGUGCAAGAUAUGCUUCAUUCUUGCCAUUUGCUUUUCAUAUGCUUCUCAUUUCUUGCAAGAUUUUCAAAUGCUCAAAGCAAUCAAUUCAAAGGAACCAAGAACUAUGAGGGCUCUUCUAAUCUUUUAGAUCUUCAAUACCAUAUGGGUCCUAUCCUUACAUCUCCUAUAAACCUAUACAUCAUUUGGUAUGGCAAUUGGAACCCGAAGGACCAAUCCACCAUUAAAGACUUCUUAUAUUCCCUUUCAUCGUCCUCUUCUGUCUCUCCUUCGACCUUCGACUGGUGGCAAACAGUCCGUCUUUACACUGAUCAAACCGGCUCCAACAUUACUGAGAGCAUUAGUCUCUCGGGAGAGUUCAUAGACUCGAGAUACUCUCAUGGGAAGUUCCUCACUCGUUUAUCUAUCCAAUCAGUGAUCAAGAGUUCACUCGACACAUUGUAUAGACCGCUACCUCUUAACUACAAUAAUGGUUUAUACCUUGUGCUAACAUCAUCUGAUGUUCAGGUCCAAGAUUUUUGUAGGGCCGUGUGUGGAUUUCACUACUUUACAUUCUCAUCUAUUGUGGGUGCCACGUUGCCUUAUGCUUGGGUAGGUGACAGUGGAGCACAAUGCCCCGGCGUUUGUGCCUACCCGUUUGCAUGGCCCAAAUACUCGGGCAUGCCAAGCGGUAACAAGAACAUCAUGGGUGCACCAAAUGGGGAUCCAGGAAUAGAAGGAAUGAUAAGUGUAAUUGCUCACGAGCUAGCAGAGGUGUCAACCAACCCGUUUGUGAAUGCUUGGUACGCCGGGAAUGACCCAAGCGCCCCAGAUGAGAUUGCAGAUUUAUGCGUAGGGGUAUAUGGGUCGGGCGCGGGUGGUGGAUUUGUGGGGCAUGUUUACAAGGACAAAAUGGGAAAUGGAUAUAAUCUGAAUGGAGUGAAAGGAAGGAGAUUUCUUGUGCAAUGGGUUUGGGAUCCUAUAAAAAGGAGUUGCUUUGGGCCCAAUGCAAUACAGUGAUACUUUCCUUUUUCUAAAAAUUCCUUUUGCAAUA